AUGGAAGUUUUAUUGCAAACCUAAUAAAAAAUAAAUCAGUUACAUUCUAUCAGAAAAGACAAUAUUAAUAAUGAGUAAAAUUUACAAACACAAAAUAAGUUAAAUUCAACAAAUAAUAAGGUCUAACCAAAAUCAAAUGUGUGCAAUAAAAGCGACCAAGCACUUACUAAAUAGGCAUAAGAAAACACUUAGAAAUGUUAAAUAGAAUUGUCUAAUUUACAAAAUGCUAUUGAAAAAUAUAAUAUUUUUAAAUGUAUUAACUCUAGAUCAAUUAAAUAGAGUGAUAUUAUGGUAGAUGAAUCUGAUGAGUACUUAGUUUCGUUUCUUUUCAGCAGAUUUGGUGAAUAAAACUAAAAAAUGCAAUUAAACUAGAAUACUAAAUUUGAUUAUUCAAACUAAAGACAUCAAGAUACAAUUAAAAAAUAAAAACCUUCCUAAGCAUUUAACUUAUCUACAUUUAAAGAAGAUUUGUCAAUAAAUCCACUAGAUAUCAAUGGAUAAUAUAAUCUUGUAGGUCUAGUAGAGUAGAAAAAUAUUAUUCUAUAUAACAUAAACCAAAAGCAGAAGAAUGAGAUUAAAAUAAAUUAUGACUCAACAAAAUCUACAAUUUUCAAUACUUGUAUUAAAUUUUCUGAGGAUUAAUAGAAUUUGUUUACUGUGUCUGAUAGUGAGGGAGCUGUUGUUUUGUUAGACUUGGUGAAUCUUUAAUAAAUAGGUUUAUUGUAGAAACAAAAUAAAUGUGUAAGAGUUUUAGAUUGGCAAUCUCCUUUUGUUGUUACUGCAGCAGGCAAAAAUAACGUUAUAUAUAACUUAGAUAUAAGAAAAAAAAAAUAUAUUAGCUAAGAAUUUAAGUUAUCCUAAAGCAACGAAGUUUUGUCUUUAAGAUGGAAUGCUAAUAAAUAAGAUUUUGUUUAUUCAGGUAGUAACAAAGAAAUUUCUGUUUGGAGUAGCCUUUAGUAAAAUGCUCCAAUCUUCACUUAGCAAAGCUCUCACAUAUUUAAUGUAAGAGCAUUGAGCUGGAGCAACUUAAAGUCAAAUCAUUUUAUUACAGGCGGUGGUAAUGAAGAUGGCACUUUAAAACUAUGGGAUUAUCAUACUUAAAAAAAUCUAUAUUCUGUUUAAGCUCAAAAUCAGAUAACUAAUAUUCUUACACCAUAAAAUUAAUUCCAUGGGUAUUUUAUGACCACAUACAAUACUUAAUCCAACGCGAUAGAAAUCUGGUUUGAGAAAAACGACUCUACUUUGCAGAAGAAAGUGAGUUUAUCAACUGAACAAUAAAAAAUAGUAUAUGGAGCUAUAAGCAAUUUUGAUGAUAAAGUAAUCACAUCUUCAUCAAAUGGAAAUUUUAAUUUAUGGGAAAGCUUUAACUGA